GAACUACUUUUAACCAUUGCAUUCCCUCUGAUUAAAAGCACAUUUAACCAUUUAUGACCCAUUUUUCCACGUGUGGAGCUUCAGGCGGUCUUCUCUUUUUUUCCCCUCUGCUCGAGCUGUCGUCAUGAGCUCUCAGUGAUGGGUUGUCCCAUCUGAGUCCAGUCCACUUCAGUCCAUCAGAACUCUGCAGAAACUCUCGGUGUCCGUCAGUCUGGAGUUUGAGAGACGCUCGCAAUGCUCCGCAGUUCCGCGCAACUUUCUCCAACACACCGUUCCUCAUGAACCGCGUCCAGGAGGAAAGUUUCCAGUGUACUUCCAGAAGAAAGGUCUCGUGCAUUGGCUCUCACUGCCACAGCUAUGGAUUAUAUUUAUCUAAUCAUGUACUGUACGAUAAACCUCUUAUUUAUGGACUAUAGACAUGCUGCAAAAUCUCAUGGGAAUCCCUCCGGUAAGCUGAGUGAAUUCGGUUUGAUUGUCCCGUUCAGCACUGACGCGCGCGGCCGGUUCGUUUCUCACGUGCUUUCCGCGAGAGCGUCACCAACCGGCAGGAAACGGGUUCCGCGCGACGCCCCCGUUACGCCUCACACGGCCUUGAACGCGCAACAGCUGUUCUUCAACGUCACUGUGUUUGGAAAAGAGCUGCACUUGCGCCUGAGGGCCAACAGGAGACUCGUGGCCCCUGGAGCUUUUGUUCAGUGGCAGGAGGACUUUGAGGAGCAGGGCAAAGAGCGGAUCCUGGGAGACUGCGUGUUUACCGGGGAUGUAACGGAUGUGCCGAGAGCCGCAGUGGCCAUCAGUAACUGUGAUGGACUGGCCGGCUUGAUUCGCACGGAUGAUGAAGAGUUCUUCAUCGAGCCGCUGGAGAAAGGUCAGCAGGAGGUGGAGGUCAAAGGUCGCAUCCAUGUGGUCUACCGAAGGUCGGCCAUCAAAAGGGACAAGGAUCAGAGGCGAGAUGACCUUCACAAUGAAGUCACAGACUUUGGAAUCGCCGAGCUGCCCAACGCUCUCAGCGCGCUGGAGGAGAAACUGUCGGAGACGGAGCGCAAACGCAGACACGCCAAGAAAGACGACUACAACAUCGAGGUGCUGCUCGCCGUGGACGACUCGGUCGUGCGCUUCCACGGCAAAGAGCACGUGCAGAACUACGUCUUGACGCUGAUGAACAUCGUUGAUGAAAUCUAUCACGAUGAGUCUCUGGGAACCAACAUCAACAUUGUGCUGGUCAGAAUGAUCCUGGUGGGAUAUCGUCAGUCCAUCAGCCUGAUUGAGCGCGGGAAUCCGUCCCGGAGUCUGGAGCAGGUGUGCCGCUGGGCAAACACCCAGCAGAGGCUCGACCCCGAGCACGCCGAGCAUCACGACCACGCUAUCUUCCUCACCAGGCAAGAUUUUGGUCCCGCAGGUAUGCAAGGUUACGCCCCGGUAACAGGCAUGUGCCACCCGCUGCGGAGCUGCACGCUCAACCACGAAGACGGCUUUUCCUCUGCCUUUGUGGUGGCGCACGAAACCGGACACGUGCUGGGAAUGGAGCAUGAUGGCCAGGGGAACCGCUGCUCGGACGAGACCAGUAUGGGCAGCAUCAUGGCUCCGCUGGUCCAGGCCGCGUUUCACCGCUACCACUGGUCCCGCUGCAGCAAACAGGAGCUCAACCGAUACAUCCACUCAUACGACUGUCUUCUGGAUGAUCCAUUUGAGCUGAAAUGGCCCAAACUCACAGAGCUUCCCGGGAUAAAUUACUCCAUGGAUGAGCAGUGCCGCUUUGAUUUCGGUGUGGGGUAUAAGAUGUGCACCGCCUUCCGUACGUAUGACCCGUGUAAGCAGCUGUGGUGCAGUCAUCCUGACAAUCAGUACUUCUGUAAGACCAAGAAGGGCCCGCCGGUCGACGGGACGGAGUGUGCGCCGGGAAAGUGGUGUUUUAAGGGCCACUGCAUCUGGAGGUCAUCCAAUCAGCCCUACGGACACGACGGAGGCUGGAGUUCCUGGGGGAAGUUCGGCUCGUGCUCUCGUACCUGCGGAGGAGGCGUUCGGUCCCGCAGCCGCCAGUGCAACAACCCUGUUCCGGCAUACGGAGGUCGUGAUUGUCCGGGGUCAACGUUCGAUUAUCAGGUGUGUAACACAGAGGACUGUCCCGGCCCGUACGAGGACUUCAGAGCGCAGCAGUGCGUCCAGCGCAGCAACAAAUACCACAAUAACAUCAAACACACGUGGCUGCCAUACGAACACCCUGAUGAGGCUCAUAAGUGCGAGUUGAGCUGCCGCUCUAAAGAGACGGGUGAAGUCGUGUUCAUGAACCAGGUGAUGCAUGAUGGGACGCGCUGCAGUUACACGGAUCCGUUCAGCGUCUGCGCUCGAGGAGAGUGUCUGAACGUGGGCUGUGAUAAGGAGGUGGGCUCGUACAAACAGGAGGAUAAAUGCGGCGUCUGUGAGGGAGACAAUUCACACUGCCGAACCGUCAAACUCACGCUCACCAAAACCCCCAAGAAGACAGGUUUGCUGAAGAUGUUUGAUAUUCCUGCUGGUGCUCGGCACAUUGUGAUCGAGGAGAAUGAAACGUCGCCUCACGUAAUUGCUGUUAAAAAUCAGGUCACGGGGAGUUUCAUCUUGAACGCCAAGGGAGAAGAAAUCACGUCCAAGACUUUCAUUGAGAACGGCCUGGAGUGGGAGUAUUCACUGGCAAACGCCAAAGAGUCGCUGAAGACCGUCGGGCCGCUGCACGAAGCCAUCGUGGUGCUGAUCGUCCCGCAGGCCGAGGACACCAAGAUCAGUCUGAGCUACAAAUACAUCAUUCAUGAAGAUCUUCUGCCGGUCAUCACCAACAACAACGUGCUGCUGGCCGAACUGGACACGUACGAGUGGGCGCUGAAGAGCUGGUCGCAGUGCUCCAAACCCUGCGGCGGAGGUGUCCAGUACACUAAAUACGGCUGUCGGAGGAAGAGCGACGGGCGUCUGGUUCACAGGAACUUCUGCGAGAUCGGUAAAAAGCCCAAACCCAUCCGUAAGCGCUGCAACACCAACAGCUGCAGCCAGCCCACGUGGGUGCUGGAGGAGUGGGGUCCGUGCAGUAAGUCCUGCGGGAAGCUGGGAUAUCAGUCUCGUGUGGUCCAGUGCAUGCAGCCGCUCCAGAACGGCACCAACAGACCCGUUCACACCAAAUACUGCAGCGAGGAGCGUCCCGAGACCCGCAGAGCCUGUAACAGCAGCGCCUGCCCGUCUCCGUGGAGGACCGGAGCCUGGUCACAGUGUUCGGUGAGCUGCGGUGAAGGGAUCCAGCAGCGGCAGGUCAUCUGCUCCGGACAGUGUGACGCAAACAAACCCGAUUCCGUGUCCGUCUGCAAGCUUCCUCCCUGCACAGGUGAAGCAAACACAAGAUCAUGUGAGACGCUGAUGAGACUUCGGCUCCUGAAGCCUUUCUGUCAACAGCUUUAAGAGGCUUAAGUGUGUCUUUGUGGUGU